ACUCGCCUGGAAAGGGGGGGAAGUUUGAUCCACGUUCUCACGGAUCACAGUUGCGGGAGUUUUUCUCCCCCGCUCACCGACCGAGCGCGAGGAUUUGUCUUCGGAACUUUUUCCAUUUUCGUGUGCGUCUAGCUGAGCAACACUGUAUAGAGAUAUCAGUUUUCGUGUAAAAGGCUAUAAUUCACCUCCGCUAACACGGGGUUUGCGUUUUAUUUGCUUACUUUUCGUUUUCUUUUUGUCAUUUGAGUCCAAAUGACUAUGCUCCUUGACAGUGGUCCUCAAUUCCCGUCGCUAGGAGUUGGGGGCUUCGGAGCACCGCGGCAUCAUGAUCUGGGGAACAGGGACCCGGGGCUGGGACUUAAUCCCUUCGCAGAUUCCUCCCAUUCGGCAGCUUUCAAGAUCAGUUCGGUGACCCCCGACAUCGCGUCUAGUCAGACGUCCGCUUUCACUCCGCAGGCGACUGGAUACGCGCUUGGGCACCACCACGGCGGACAGGUGGGUUCCUACGGCGGUGGACCUUUCAAUACGACCCGAGACUUUCUAUUCAGGAACCGUGGUGCUGGCAUUGGAGAGUCGGCAGCUAGCGCCCAGCAUGGGAUCUUUGCAGCUUCUGCGGGAAGUCUACACGGACCCCCAGGAAUCUCUGACAACCCGGGACAUCUGUUGUUUCCUGGGCUCCACCACGAGCAAGCGGUCAGCCACACAUCACCGAGCGGACAUGUCGUCAACAGCCAAAUGCACCUCGGUUUACGCGGGGACAUUUUUGGUAGACCAGACCCCUACCGUCCCGUCGCCAGUCCUCGGACGGACCCUUAUGGCGCGGCGCAGCUUCACAACUACAACCACCAGAUCAAUAUGAACAUGGGCAUGAACGUGCCCACGCACCACGGGCCCGGGGCUUUCUUUCGGUACAUGCGGCAGCCCAUAAAACAAGAAAUGUCCUGUAAGUGGAUUGAUGAGCACCAGAUGCACAGACCCAAAAAGACUUGUGACCGGACUUUCAGCACCAUGCACGAGAUGGUUACGCAUGUGUCCAUGGAGCACGUUGGCGGGCCAGAGCAGAGUAACCACAUUUGCUUCUGGGAGGAUUGUCCUAGAGAAGGGAAAUCUUUCAAGGCCAAAUAUAAACUCGUCAACCAUAUCCGAGUGCACACGGGAGAAAAGCCCUUUCCUUGUCCGUUCCCGGGCUGUGGGAAAAUAUUCGCUCGAUCAGAAAACCUGAAAAUCCAUAAAAGAACUCAUACAGGGGAGAAACCGUUCAAGUGUGAAUUCGAUGGCUGCGACAGACGAUUCGCCAACAGUAGCGACAGGAAAAAGCACAUGCACGUGCACACGUCUGACAAGCCAUACAUCUGCAAAGUGUGCGACAAGUCCUACACACAUCCCAGCUCACUCAGGAAACACAUGAAGGUACACGAGUCACAGGGCUCGGAGUCGUCUCCUGCAGCAAGUUCUGGAUACGAGUCGUCCACACCCCCAGUUUUAGUCUCAGCCAGCACAGAAGACCCCACGAAAACCCCACCGUCAGCCGUGCAUAACACAUCUGCGCACAGCGAUGGACUAGCGCCCAACUUUAAUGAAUGGUACGUUUGAAGUGACAAACGAGCUCUCUUACACGGACCACAAGAGUAAGGAAACCUUCAGAAAAAAAACUUUACUGUACAAAUGGCAUGGGAACAACAUGGAGGAAUAACUCUUUUCCAGCAGGCCUCGUCCUUUCUCAGGAUUCGAAAAAAAAUUGACUCUAUUCCGAGUUCGAAGAAACAAAUCAUAAAUAAAAUAGCCUACUUUCUAAGAAUAAAGAAAAUGUUUUUCACUUUCAGUUUGCAGGUUUCAGAUAAUUAUUUUAUUUUUCAUUUAUGUAUUUUCUCAAAAUUUUAUUUAAAGAAUUAAAAAGGAAUAAUAUUUCACGAUGUUUUAUAUGGGAGGUGACAGUUUACCAUCACCUUUUGAUUGAUUGUUACAACUUCAAACAGUCUUAAGAAACGUGCCAAAGUCUUUGUCUUGAACUUGAACAAGAAAAUAAAUCAUACAUAAGUA